AUGUCUUCCACUGUCAAGUCGUUCCGUCAACUCGUCGGCAUUCCCCCUUCCUCGGCCUCCACCAGCCUUCUCGUGGUUGAAAAAGUCGCGGAGACUCGCAAGGUUAUUGCCAAGCUGCUGGGAAAGUAUCGACAGGAUGGCAACGGCAAGAACAUUGUCCACGUCGUGCACGAAGUGCCUGCCGGGGCGCCUGUCUUCACACCCGGCACUGCUCUCGCGCAGGAAUUUGAAGAGCUGACAUCUAAGCCGAACGAAAAGGUGGUCACCAAGAACUUCCCCAGUUCUUUUGCUAAGACCGAUCUGCAUGAUUACUUGCAGGGACUGGGAGAAGUAGGACAGAAGAUUGUACUGGUUGGCUACAUAUCGCACAUUUGCAUUUCUACCACUGCACGUGUCGGUAGUGAGCUUGGAUAUGAUGUGCUCGUUGUGCGGGAUGCUGUGGGCGAUCGCAACAUCCCUGGUGCGAACGCGGAGACUGUGCUCUCUGUGGUUCUCAGCGAAUUAGCCGAUGGCUUUGCCACAAUUGUCUCUGAAGGUGAGAUCAGCUCGUGA